AUGCCUCCAAGAAGAAGGAAAUCUCCAGAGAGGCCCACGUCUUCGAAAUCCCUUGAAGGUUCUCGGCUUUAUGUCAACCAUGUAAAGGAAAGAGCUCCAGCAGUUGCCUUGCCCCAUGUUCUUCCGAGUGCAUCACGUCGAGUGAGUUUUGCACCUACCUUGCCUUCUGUGAAAAUGUCCCAGGAUUUUGGAGACUCCAGAAUCUCUCUAAAGACUCUUUUAAAUGCUAUUAAAACCAUGGAGGGGAGGCUAGAAGGCAAAAUAGACAUUCUUGCCUCAAGACCCUUACUAAGUGAGGACUCCUCAGAGGUCCUUAAUCAGAGUUCGAUGAAAUCUAUUCUUGGGAAGAAUGAGGAAGAGCUGGCCCAAGCAGUGAAGUGUCGAGAUGCUGCCCUGAAAGAGAGCCAGAAGUUGAAAGGGGACCUGGAGGUUUUGGAGGACAGGGAGAACAAGAAGGUGGGAAACUUUCAGCGACAAUUAGCAGAGGCUAAAGAAGACAACUGCAAAGUUACAAUCAUGCUGGAAAAUGUGCUGGCCUCUCACAGUAAGAUGCAGGGAGCUCUGGAGAAAGUCCAGGUAGAGCUCGGGCGAAGGGAUUCGGAGAUCGCGGGCCUCAAGAAGGAAAGGUCUCUAAAUCAACAGAGAGUACAGAAGCUUGAAGCAGAAGUGGACCAGUGGCAGGCCAGGAUAAUGAUUGUGGAGGCCCAGCACAGCAGCGAGAUGGAGCCACUACAGAAGUCUCUAGAUGUAACUAGAGAAGACAACAGGAAGUUGGCCAUGAGCCUGGAGCAAGCUCUCCAGACAAAUGGCCAUCUUCAGUCUAAGCUAGAUCACAUCCAAGAAAAACUGGAAAACAAGGAACUUGAGCGGCAGAACCUGGAAGCCUACAAAGAGCAGAUUGCUGAGGAAUCCAAAGUAGAAGCAGCAAUGCAUGCAGAGCGCAUCGAAGCCCUGAGAAAGCAGUUUCAAACUGAGAGAGACACUGCGAAGAAAGCAGCGCAGAGGGAAGUUUCUGAACUGAAGAAAGCUCUUGAUGAAGCCAACUUCAGGUCAGUGGAAGUGUCCCGGGCAAACCGAGAGCUACGACAGAAACUCACGGAGUUGGAAAAAGUAUUGAACAGUAACAAGGAGAAACUGAAGAACCAAAGGGCCCAAAUAAAGCUGCACUUGUCCGCCAAGGCAAAUAAUGCACAGAAUGUGGAGCGGAUGAAGCAAAUAGAAACAGAAUUAAGGCAAAUGGAGAUAAUUAAGGAUCAGUAUCAGAAAAAGAACUAUGAACAGUCACUGAGUAUCCAGAGAUUUAUAACUGAAAUGAAUGCCCUGCAGAAAGAGAUGGAGCUGUUAGCUAAGAGCCAGUAUGAAACCUCAACUCGAAAUAAACAGCAAGAGUUGAGACUAGGGGCUGAGCGGAAAAUGAGGCAGGAACUAGAAAAUCGGUGCAAGGAAUUGGAAGAAACUGUCAGACACCUGAAGAAAUGUAAAGAAGCGACAGAGAAUAAAUUAAAAGAAGCCAGUGUGGAGUCAGAACAGAUAACAGCUAAUCUGGAAGAAGCUCACCGCUGGUUUAAAUGCAGGUUCGAUGGCCUGCAACUUGAGCUGACCAAAAACAGGUUGCAGAGGCUUCCCCGGGAAGAAAGAUGGAUGGAAGAGAAUCAAGGCAUGAAACGUGAUGUUGCAUCCAGCCAGUCUGUUCUGCAUCGAUGGGAAACUAAACAGAACCUUGGGGUUGUGCCUAAGAAGUACCAUUCUGACACAGAGAAGAAGAACAGCCCCUGACAGCAAUGUCUCAAGAGAAGACAAGCCUCCAUGACUGCUAGCCACAGAGGUGCUGGCCUGUUUCUACACCGUAAGACCAUGACGUGUGCCGAAGAUUUUGGACUUUAUCCUUCAUGAACUCUUUAAUAUUACUGUCCCAUCUUUUUUGUCCCUUUCCCUAUUUUCCACUCAAUAAAUUUGAAUUAGUUUGUUUUAUGGUAGUAGAUGUUGUCAUGUGAUAUUUGCUGUUUGCAGCAAGAAUAAAUGAA